ACAAAAAGUGAAGAGCGCAGCCUUUUAUUAUCGCGCGCGCAGCUCUGUGCAAAUCGCGCGAGCGAGCGAGCAAACGCAAUGACGAUUAAAAAGGGGUCAACUCGAGGAAGAUUUAUGUCAACGACCAUGUGUCAACACGACCGCACGCUGUACGUCACGUACGCCGCACGUAUGCGCAAUACUGGGAAUCGCCAGAUAGCGUGGUCACCGUAAAGUCCGGCUGCGAAAUAGGGUCGCGAUCCGCGCAGCACCCGGCCGCCGGGUUGGAUCGUUAAAGCAGAAGGCCGCGCGAUUUUUCCGCUUUUCCGCGAGAGAUCUCCAUCUCGCGUAACGCGGGCCUGAACGAUCAGGCGAGAGAUCCUCGCAACAUCCAAUGUCAGUCGUUCUGACUUACAUCGCAUGACAAUUUAAUAAAAACGAAAUGUCUAUCUAAUAUUGCUUUGUAGAUAAGAUUUCAAAAAGGGGAUUUCUGUAUCUAUGUGUGUUUUGUAUAUUCCCUUAAAAAUCUAGAAACGUUGGAGAUAUCGAGAUAAAACUUUUUGUAACUUGUUUAAUAUGUUUAUUUACAAGUUUUAUCAAUUCUUAGGUCCAUUCUUAGAUCAAUUCUUAUAUCAUUACUCAAGUUCGCUUUGGAAAUUAAUUCCAUUACUUUCUUAAAAAUCCAAGAACAUAAGACGAAAGUUUUAUUAUUAAUCGAUCUCAAACGAGACAAACGCAUUGAUAAUGCUAAAAGCGAGAUUGUUAAUUUCGAAAACUGAUGAUCAUCAUAUUGAAUCCGCCAUUUUCCGAAUUUCUUUACACCAAAUUCAUAAUCAAUGACUCCGAAAUAUGUUACGUUUGAAGGAACUUUAUCAGGAAGUAAAUAGCAUGGCUCAAAGGAUUAAUCCGAACCUUGUUAACUUGAACACAGAAUUCUGGUAACUUCAUUUUUGCUUGGACAUUUAAUUGACCCAACUCAAUUUUCUCUUCCCGUGUAACACUAGAACAAUCUAGAAUUAACGAACACGAGAGAAGAAUCCUUAUUUCCGAUCAAACUCUCGGUUUGCCCGAAAUGAUUUUCUUAGUCAACAGCUUGGCGUUCCUUAAAGCAAAGGAUAACACGUUCUGACAAUUCAUUUAUCGAACAAACCGCAAUGACACUUCCGCAAUCAACGAUCAUAAUCGGUCAUAAUUAUUAGUCGCUAAUUGUAUUAUACGCGUCGAUGAUUUUUCCGUAUCGAGAGUUUCCUCGUUAUUUGUCGGGAUUUGUCGCAAUAUCCUGCCGCGCGUCGGUCAAAUCGCGAACCCGUCGUGCAAAUCGAUCGCGCACACAUAUACGCGCGCUCACACACACACACAUUGUUUCCUGCUUUUUGUGUCACGCGCGACCGAGUCGCGGUCGGGAAAAGCGUGAGAUUUUAUUGCUGUCUGUUGCGCGCAGGAAACGUAGAGAUACUUCACGACGGGAAGUGGGGCAGUGUGUGCGACGACGAAUGGGACGACUUGGAUGCCGAUGUGGUUUGCAGGCAAUUGGGUUUCAACGGUGCAAUUAGAGCGACGACGAACGGGCACUUCGGCCAGGCCAGAAGAAGAUACUGGAUGGACAACGUUUACUGCGACGGAACCGAGGACGAGCUCGCAAAAUGUCGCUUCGAUAGUUGGGGUGUCUCCGACUGCGAUAGCAACGAGGCUGCCGGUGUGGUUUGCGUGCACGACGAGGAAGCGAAAACGACGUCGAACCCGCAGAAACCGCCGAAAUCAAAGAUAAAGGACACGCAUCUGCGGGGAACGGCAUUGCGGUUGUCCGGAGGCCGAGUACUUUCCGAAGGUCGAAUAGAAGUCAAACUUGGUGAUGCGGAUUGGGGUGUCGUCUGCGGCGACAGUUGGUCCAUGCUCGAGGCCGCCGUCGUCUGCCGUCAAUUGGGCCUCGGUUACGCGUCCGUCGCAACACAGACCGACUUCUUCGGCGGCGAGGUGAUGCCGAUAUCGAUCAGCGGAAUACAGUGCCACGGGAACGAGGGGAAUCUGGCGGAUUGCCUGCACGACAAGGUUGUAAACUGUCCAGGUACCUCGAUCGGGAAAACUAAGCUCAAAUAUUUGCGACGGCACGGUCGCAAAAAAGUUGCGACGAGACGGUACUGGUAUUGUCGCGGGAGAUACUUCACUUCGCCGAACGCGACGCGCAAACACGACGCUUUUUGCGUCCGCAGAGUAGAUGGUAAGAUGUUUGUAAAUACCAGCGGUAGCGUCGAAGACCUCGAGAGAGCAUAGGAGAAACAAUUACAUAUAUCUGCUCACGGAGAUUACUUUUCAAAUCGACGGUGUGAGAGAUCGAUUUACAACGCGGUUCGCGUCCAGGGAGCCGCGAGAAGGUGGGACCUUCGUCGAUUUAAACGCCAUGAUCCAUCUCGUAUUGUACGCAACUCCGAAAUUGAGUUUAUUCAACUCGAUUUGUUGGGACAGGUCUUUUUUCACACUAAAUCGAAAUCAAACGGUAUCGCGAGAGUGACCGCGACCCGACGGCGAUUUCAGGAAUAGCGAAAAACAUAGCUGGCGUGGUGUG